UAAAUUGCUUCUCAAUUUCUCCUCUGACCCCAGUAGCUGCAAUUUUAUUAACACUUAUUCCUCCGAUCCCUCAUUCAUCUAUCCAUCCAUCCAUCCGUCGUGCUGUUAACUUGCGCAGUGAUGUAAGCUCCCUCCCUGAAACCAUCCGACCCAUCUCUCUCCCGUAACGUAAUAGCGAGUGGUAAACUUUUGCUCCUACAUUUAACGCCUCGGGUAAUACACGAAUUGAUGGGCUAUACAUACAGGUUGGUUGGGCUCUGCAGUACCUAUAUAUAUGUUUGACCCUCGACUCUUUUGGUGUAUGUGUUUCCAGACAAGACAUGACCUUAUAUGGUUCUCUGCUGCUGCAACAUUUGUUAUUGUUGAUUGUUCCCCGUUAUUCCAGGCCUAGCAUUGUUGGUAUCCAGAAAUGGUAGUCGUUUUGAUACGCUUAGAAAAAGGCUUUUUUUUUUCUUUUAAUCUUUUUAAAAUUUCUUGUUUCUUUGGCAGGGGCUAAUUGCGCGAAGAAAUCUACCACCACAUCACACCUUCCAAAAAAAAAAAACAUUUUGGUCCGUCUGCAGAAUAGUAACUGAAAAUGUCAGGCGUAUCAAUUGCAGGGGCUCCCCGUACGGAGCACGAUCAAACGACAACAACCACGACCUCCGGUUCCGGAACAAAACAUCGCCUACAGCAGGCGCCGAAGCCACUACCACAGCAACAGCAGCAGGUGGCAGCGGCUGGAGGAGUAAUGGGAUCCCUCCGCCUCAUAGAGCUCCAAUUAGUUGCAUUUAUUAUGGUGUUCUCUGCUAGUGGCCUGGUCCCCAUCCUUGACAUCGUGUAUCCCGCAUUCACCACUGCUUAUCUAAUUGCACUCUCCCGGUUGGCAUUUCCAUCCCAUGGUAUAACAACUGGGUCGGAGGAGAUAUUCCGCGGAAGUCGACUCUUCCGAAUUUAUGUAGUUGUGGGGACUACUGUAGGCCUGUUUUUGCCCUUAGCUUAUGUUCUGGGAGGAUUUGCAAGAGGGGAUGAGCAUGCCGUCCGGUCAGCCACCCCUCACCUCUUCUUGCUCUCAUUUCAGAUACUCACCGAGAACAUUAUAAGCGGGCUCUCGUUGUUCUCGCCUCCGGUUAGAGCACUAGUCCCCUUGCUUUACACCGUGAGGAGAAUUUUCGUCAUCAUUGAUUGGAUACAUGACGUCUGGCUUAACAAAACUUUGCCUGCAAAUGCUGAAUUCCGGGACAUCGCAUGGUUUUGGUUCGGAAGGGGCCUGGCGGCUGCAAAUUUUGUGUAUUUCUUCGUCAAUCUCUUUUGUUUUCUUAUCCCUCGUUUCCUUCCGAGGGCAUUCGAGAGGUAUUUCAAGGAGAGGGAUGAAAUACAUUCGAAGAUUGAAGAAGACAAGCGUUCAGCUGCAAUGAACAGAUCGCAGCAGGCGGACGGCAAAAAGGCAGACUGAAUAAGAGUAGUAGUAGUAUAAUUAAUACUCCCCUACUUAACGAGUUUCUUCCUUCCUGUUAUUGCCAUUGGGACUCGUUUGUUCCUUCCACUUCCCACCCUCCGCCAAUGACUGACAUUCUCUUUUCUUUUCUCACUUUUGAAACUAUAGAAAACUCGGUUGUGUAUUCCAAAUUCCCACUUGAAUCGGUUGUGUUUCUUUUCUCAACAUUUUGGUGCUAUUGGAUUUUAA